GAUUAUCAAACGUCAAAUCAGUCGUUCACAUACAUUUUUAUAUAGGGUUGUUGUUCAAACAUUUUUCGUGGCAUUUGCUCGAUCUAGAAAUUAUCGUUUAAUUUGGUGGAAGUUAAAAAUUUUAAGCCUCAGCGUACAUUUAUCAAUAAAAUAUAUGUGAAAUACUUUGACAAUUGCAAAAUUCCUUUGAAAAAUACAUAAACAAAAUGGAAACGUCACAUGGUUUGUUGUGAUUAGUUGAAGUGUAUUUCCAUGGUUAAUCUCAUAACAAUCACGUUCUAAAGGCUACUAAAGAAGUGAUACAUUACUCAGUGUUUUGAUUGAACUGUGGUUUGUGCUGUGUUGUGUCUAAUGCGCCGACAAAAUGAAUUGGUUCGACACGUCAGGCCUUACGACCCUCGCUAAGAACGCUCUGAAGGAGGCUCAGAAGACUAUUGACAAGGCUUUGGAUAUUCAGGAUGAGAGUGGAGACGAGCUAGAGGAGGAGUCUACACCGCAAACCAGCGCCAAGUCAUCGCCAGGUCACAGUAACACUUUACAAAAAGACAAUUCGGAUUUCUUUUCUUCCUGGGGUCUGACUGUCAGUGCGGAGAGUGAACAGAAUGAUCCUAUCAAGGAGCAGCCCGUCGUCACCGAGAGUCCCUCCAAGUCGACGUCUCAGAGCAUCUGGGGCUCAUUUGCUGGCUCGUUCUUUGAACAACCUAAAGAAGACGACCCUGCAAUCGUGAGACCACCUAAAGCUAAGUCUAUGAACGUUAUUUCUGAUACCAAGUAUGGUAGCCAUGAUGACUUGUUCUCUAAGAGUCAGUUGAUCAUGUCAGAUAGUGAGGCAUUAGAUCACAGAAUCACAAAAUCUUUAAAAGAUGAACUGCCUAAAGGGAAUGACAGGCGAGAUUCAGCAAAGUCACAGAGGUUGUCACUCGUGUCCAGUAGGAAUAGUUCUGACUCAGUGGAAGUGUUGUCUCAGAGCAUGAAGACAACUCCUGACUCUGAAGCGUCUGUACAUUCCAUAUCACAGAGCAGUAGUACCGGCCAGAAACAUAACUCAGAGUCUGUAGAAAUAUUGCCUGAUAGUCUGGUUAGCCCUAGCUCCAUUGAGUGCCUUGGUUUUGAUAGUUAUUCUAGUGAAAGAAACAGCAGCUCGUCCUCCCUCUGCCUGUCUCCUGGAGACUUGAGUGACAAGAAGUCUACUCCCAUAGGUGAUAAGACUGAGAAAGCUGAAACUGCUGAUAGUGUCAGCUUAGUUGCUGAUGACGAUGAGGAUACUAUGUCAUACAACUCCAUAUCAGAAUGUACUGCACCCACUGUGUUAGAUACUGAUGACAAAUCUGUGAGCCCUUUUCCUAAGCUAGUCAAGCCUGAUGCAAGUAGGAAAGUUAUUGAAAAAGAAUUUAUACAUUUGGAGCAAGCUAUUCUGCCACAGAGGAUGCAAAUUAGUGAGAAUUCUUCAAAUGAUGGCUCUUGGUCAGACAGAACGCUAAACGCUGACAAUGACAGUAUUAACUUAGAUGUAACUGCAGAAGAACAGAAAAAAGACCAAGAAGACAUUCUUAUUGAUAAACUAAGUGAUUCAUCAUCAUUCUAUAAUGUCAAUGUUUCUAAUGACAUGCUGAGAUCAGAAAGUUCAGCAUUUGUCAAUGUUGAGAAGCAACAGUGCAAUGAAUCUAGUAGUAGCUCUUCUCAGAAAGAUGGCAGUGUGAAAGAAAGGACCUCUCCGAUAAGUUCUGAUAGCAAAAGUGAUUUAGUGAAGAUAGGGUCUGACCGAACUUCAGGGCACACAUCUGGGGAUGAACUUGAAACUGCUACAUCUUCAGAUAUAGAAAUCAUUCCAAGCCCUAAUGGGGAUGGGCAUGGCUUUAGAAACAGUCCUGCUAAAUAUGCUUUUAAACAGUCAAAGUUUGAUGGCACUACUUCUCCAAACCUAGUAGACUUGGUGUUAGGAAAGUCCUUAGCUACUAAGAUAAGGGGUCAUAACCGGGAGUUAUCAGAAGCUUCAGUCCAGAGUAACACAAGUGAUGAGAGCCAGGGUUCAGAGAACGAGAGACUGAUGCGGAGGCUAUGUGAGAUGGCAGAACUGUUGGAAGCAAGAGAAAACAGGCUAUUAGAGAUGAGCAGAAAUAAUGCAGAUCUGGCAGAGAAUAAUGCUGACCUGAAGAGUCAGGUGGAGUCGUUGAUAUCCAAGCAUGAGGGUGGCGAUAUUAAUACCAUCACAGAAGAUUACACUCAGAGAAUGUCAGCACUGGAGAAGAAGUUUCAACAGGCGAUCAGAGAAAAGGAUCAGCUACGUAAGCAGCUAGACACAUUCAAGUCAGAGUCGACCGCUCGCAAGAACUCCUCGGAGCUGGAGAACAGCCUGAAGGAGAAGGACGAGGUGAUAGCCCAGUUGCAGGAGGAGGGAGAGAAGUUGGCGCGCCAGCAGCUGCAGCACUCCAAUAUCAUCAAGAAGCUGAGGGCCAAGGAGAAGGACAAUGAACAGGUCAUUAAGGGCUUGAGAGAUAAAAUAGCAGAGCAGACCACGGAACUAGACAGGCUGAAGAGAUCAAUGGCAGCUAAGGAGGAGUUGGAAGUCAGCCAGAUUGAGGCUGUGUACCGCCUCACCACUGCUAAUAAGAAACUUGAGACUGAACUUAUGGAGACAAAAAGUCUGCUAGAUGACACAACCCACAAGUUGGAAGGCAGCCGGCUGUCGCUCGACAGUGCUCGGCGCGAGCUGACUGAGCUGCAGCGCACCAGUGCCGAGCUGGCGCGACGCUCGGCGGGACACGAGCAGGCGCAAGACGAGCAGCGCAGGGCCCAGCAUGAGCUGCAGCAAGCCCGCGCUGAGCUGCAGCAGCUUAGAGCUGAUAUGGUUAACGAGGAAAAUAAAUGGGUGGCGCGUGAGCAAGUGCUGCGGCAGGAGCUGCGCGAGAUGCGCGAGGCGUGGUCCGCCGUCGAGAGCAGCAGCGACGCCGGCGCCGGAGACAUCCCCGCCGCCGCCGUGCUGCAGCAGCUGGCCCAGCUCCAGCGAGCCGCCCUGCAGCGCGACCAGCACCACGCGCACGUGCUGCGCCAGCGCGCCCAGCAGCACGCGGAGACGGAGCGUGCCCUAGCCGCGUCAGUGGAGCGCGAGCAAGUCUCUCGCGAGGAGUGCGGCGCGCUGCAGCAGCGCCUGGCGCACGUGGACGCGGCGCUGCAGGCCGCGCGGGAGGACCUGCAGCACGCGGCGCGGCGCGAGGAGGAACUCGUCGCCAGGCUGCAGAGGGCAGAGGAUGAACUUACUCUUAAGAGCCAAGAACUGGAGACGUUACGGACUCACUACGAGUCCCGGCUGUCUGAGCUGCAGCAGCAACUGACGGAGACGGAACAACUCCUGGCCAACGAGAGGGACGCGCUCGACACCGAGAAGAAGAGAAAUGCUAUACUACAGGAACAGGUAUCAAGUCGCGGCGACAUGUCCCCUCCGCAUUCCGUCGCCUCUGACUCGCUCUCCGCAUCGCUCUGGCAUUCCGAGGCGGGCGGCGAGGGUUGCGCGACGCCGCCGGGCGGGUCGGCGCUGGCGGUGGAGGACGCGCUGGCGCAGCUCACGCGCCGCGACGGCGAACUGCGCGCACUGGCGGCGCAGCGAGACGCGCUGCUCAGCGAGCGGACACACCUCACCAGGCAUCUGGCGCGGCUGCAGGCACAGCUCGACACCGCACAGAGUGUGCAGGAGCAGUACGACGCGCUGCUGCAGAUGUACGGCGAGAAGGAGGAGCAGCUGGCGGAGCUGCGGCUCGACCUGCACGACGUCACGCAGCUCUACAAGCAGCAGCUCGACGAGCUCAUCGCGCUCAAACAGAAGCGAUAGCCGCCGCCGUGUACACUGCCGCCUCGCGGCCAGGGACGACACGGCACGGACAAGAAAUAGGCAACUAAUAAAAAUACUCUUUUGCAAAUAAACUGGCACGCGAAAUCUUGGUUUUAUCGACUUUAUGUAUAUAGUUCAAAAGGUUUUAAUGACUGGGGUAUGGUACUAGCAGCAAAAGGGUUAGCGUUAGAGUUAUACAGUGGUUAAAACCAAGAUUUCGCAAAAGUGACAGUUUUUUUUGCAAACCGUUUAUAAAUAGAGUUUAAUGUUAAAAUAAUAAAAAUCUGCUACCAAUUUAAACUGUAUGUCGAUACUGUUAAGUUCUAUUUUUAUUUGUUGCCUAAAAUUACCGUUCCGUGCCGUCGAUGGACUCGAGGCCUUAUUCUGACAUAUUCUGUACACUAGCGACAUCUAUAGCUAAGUGAUGAAAAAAUAUUGGGAAUAACGUUUUGGUCUUGAAAGCAACAUAGAAAAAUCAUUUAGGAAAUUACUCUUAUCAGGCGAACGACAAUAACACCAAUCAUUAUCUUUUAUUAAAUUUUAGAGAAAACAAGAAACUUCAUGCAAAUAUUCUGUGGAAUUAUUUGCACAUACUACGACCAUUUUAUUGAGUUCCAUUUCAAUGUAAUGCAAACCGAAUAUGUAAUGGAUAACUCAGUGAAGAUGAAAACCUGUUUUGUGUUCCAUAAAAGCAUAUCAGUAUAUUAUUAAACAACAGCAAAAUUCAUACUGCGAUUGAGGCUUAUCGGUAAAGGUUUAGACAAAAUUAAUUAAAUUAUUUAUAGAUGUGGUGCUAUAAUAUACCGGGCGGUAUCUGCAAUUGUUUGCUUGUUUUACAAAAUUAAGUAUAUUAUGAAAAUAUUUUGCCAAAAGCAUACUAAGCUACUCGUUGCUGUUUUCAUCUCUCAGCUUCAUAAUUUAGAAGUAUAGACAUUACGAAAACUUGUAUGAGGGGCAAUUUCAUCUGACUUUAUAGUGAUAAUGAAUUAAUAUAGAUGGCGCUAUUAGGGGGUUUUAUAGUAGUGUACCCGCACACUGCAGAAUAAAAAUAGUCAGCCGACAGCUAGCCCUAUGGUUGGUAUGAAAAUCAUGAAUUCAAACAAAGUUUUUAGACAGGCUGAUAACGGCGAAAUAACUGAUAGUUUUUCAUACGUUUCUGUACUUAUCAAGCGGCCAAUCAAACUGUCGUCCGACUGAACAUUCUGCAGUGUGCGGGUACUCAUUAAAUUAUGUAUAGUGUAAGUAUGUAAGUCGCGCUCGCGGUAUUUCUCUAGAUAUUUUGCUUCCGUCUUGAGAUAUUAUAUUUGCCAAACGUUGAACGUUCCUUUUUAUAUUUCGAUCUUGUCAUAUUAAUAUAAUGUCACCUAAAUGCUCUAUAAAUAUAAUAUAUUCUAAAAGUAUAUUGAUAUAAUUAUUUAACAUGGUUUAUAAUUAUAUAAUUAUUAUUGCACAUAAAUGUCAUUAAUUAUUGUGUACAAUAUAGUUUUAAAUUCUUCGUGACUUGUUGGAAUGUUUUAAAGACUUCGGGAAAAGAUUUAGGAAGACAAACUAUUUCGUGUACUAACUAUAAUAAUUUAGGACUAUUCGUAACAUCGGCUGGACCUUUUAAUUUGAGGCGAAUUUCAGACCAAAAAGAUCUACAAUAAAAUACUCAAGUUGUCGUAAAAUUCUCUCGUGAAAUUAUUUGUCUUCCUAAAGUGGAAAGAAUCCCAGCUGCACUUGGGAAGUGUGAAGUUAAUGUUUGCAGCACUAGUUGUGUGGAGUGCUUCUUGUGAUACCUGCGCGGGACUGUACUAAAGUAUUCUUUAUUUAUAGCUAGGGGAUUAUGGGCGUGUUUAUUAUAGAUAUAUUGCAAGGGACGUGAAGUAUAGCAGACAGUUGUGCAGAGGCUACAAAGCAAGCUGCUUUAUAAGUGGAACAGUUGAUUAAAGAUAAUAUACCUAUCACAAAAUUAUAUCCAGCCUUGUCGGAUGUGAUAAAUAACGGUUUGUAGCCAACUGUGAGCUGUAUUUCACGUAGACUAGAAUGUACUUUUAAGUCAUAUUAUAGCGCAUUACCCCAUCUAAUGAACAGGUUCAAAUUGUAAGUUCCUUCACAAUACAGUUUAACCCACAUGUGUUUAUUGUUAUGUAAAUAAAUAUAAACUGCCAAUUAUAACGAGUGACUUUUAUCUUAUCCUGCAAUAAAAGUUAUGAAUAUCA